AUGGCUUACCCAAUCGACACUGCAAGUCUCGAUUUAAUUGCAAAACUACAACUGGAGGAUGCAGAGAGCUUGCUCAAAGGAAAACAUGCUGCUGGCACCCAGCCAGAUGCUGAAUAUGCAGCUCAAUUGCUCAGGGACGAGCUCGAGCAGAUCCGCAUCUCCAUUGCUGACAAUGCCAUGUGCCGCAGCAUUGCUGCAGCAGUGCUGGCGGAUAGCGACGCGAUUCAAUCCAGCCUCGGCGAAGAACAGCAGGCGACUCGCGACAGAGAGUAUGCGACACACCUGGACUCGAUGAAUCUUGAUUCGGACGAUGUUGACUUGGCGAACAUUUUGCCGCACAAAUACUCAUCGGAGCCGCAUAUUGACGACGAAAUGAUUGGGAAACUCGCGAUCUUGUUCGUUGAUGAUGGCGAGUUACCCGGCCAUGCUUCGUAUGCUGUCCGCGGCGAAUCAUCGGCACAGGGGGCAAGGGCAGGGAGAUACGAUACGCGACACUGUGUCAGCUGCGAGGAAGACGUGUCGUACAUUGACUCGAUCGAGAUAUGGACCGAGAACUGGAUGAUGCGGAACGAGCAGUUCGAAUGGGACAAGAGCAGCAGAACUUGCGAGACAACCACGAAUGUCGACAUGAGACUUGGAGAGUGGAGUCGGGCGCCUUUCAGUGCGAGGAAUGCCUAG